GUCUUCAGCUGUUUGACUUGAAGGUCGAAAGCGAUCGAUGUCUUCAACGAUUGCUGUUAAUAUUUUCACAUCAGAUACUACACAGCGAACCUUUUAAGGGAAAAUCAUGAAUGUCAUUUUGGCAGUCAAGCAGUACGUCACAAAGAUGAUCGUUGAUAGUGGGCAAGGAAUGAAAGUUCUUCUUAUGGACAAGGAAACAACAGGUGUGGUGAGUAUGGUGUACAGUCAGAGUGAGGUGCUACAAAAAGAGGUUUAUCUUUUUGAAAGAAUUGACACCAGUGGACGUGAAACAAUGAAACAUUUAAAGGCCAUUUGCUUCUUGAGACCAACAAAGGAGAAUGUGGAGCACCUUUGCAGUGAGCUAAAAAAUCCAAAAUAUGGAACUUAUUACCUAUACUUUUCCAAUUUUAUUGGCAAGCCCAGUAUCAGAGCAAUUGCAGAAGCAGAUGAUCAUGAAGUUGUAAGGGAGGUCCAGGAAUUUUACUCUGACUAUUUUGCUGUUAGUCCACAUGUGUUUUCACUAAACCUUCCAAGUUGUUCGCGGGGUGGAUCAUGGGAUGGUGAGGCAUUAGAUCGCUCCUGCCAGGGUAUUCUGGCUGUUUUGUUAUCAUUGAAGAAAUGCCCUUUGAUACGAUAUCAGCAAUCCUCUGAGAUGGCAAGGAGACUCGCUGAAAUUAUUAAGCACAAGAUAAAUGAGGAGGCUUCGCUGUUUGACUUCAGAAGAACAGAUGUUCCUCCCGUACUGUUGAUUUUAGACAGACGAGAUGAUCCAGUCACGCCUCUACUAAAUCAAUGGACUUAUCAGGCAAUGGUACAUGAGCUCAUUGGUUUGAGAAAUAACAGAGUAGAUCUGUCGAGGUGUCCUGGCAUUACCAAAGAACUUCAGGAAGUCGUUUUAUCAGCUGAACACGACGAGUUUUAUCAACGGAACAUGUAUCUCAAUUUUGGAGAAAUUGGCCAGAACAUUAAAACACUGAUGACAGAGUUUCAACAGAACGUGAAGAGCAACCAGCGUCUAGAGUCCAUCACCGAUAUGAAGGCUUUUGUGGAGAAUUAUCCUCAGUUCAAAAAGAUGUCGGGAACAGUGUCAAAGCAUGUUACUAUUGUUGGUGAGUUGUCUCGUUUGGUUCAAGACAAGUCACUUUUGGACGUUUCUGAAGUGGAACAAGAUCUCGCCUGUCAGAGCGACCAUUCAUCUGCCUUGCAGAAUGUCCGUCGCCAACUGGCCAACGAGAAUGUGUCUGAGCUGGACAUGAUAAGGAUGGUGUCCCUGUACGCGCUUCGUUACGAAAAACAUAGCAGCAAUGACGUGGGUGGCCUGUUGAACAUGUUGUCAAGAAGAGGGGUUAGCGAGCCUCUAAAGAAGGUGGUGACAGCUCUAAUCCAGUAUGGCGGCAGAAAUGUCAGGGGUAGCGAUCUCUUUGGACAAAACAAAACUCCGCUGUCAUUGACGAGAAGAUUCUUCAAGGGAUUAAAGGGAGUGGAAAACAUCUACACACAGCACACUCCUUUGUUGUCUGAGACACUGGACAACUUAGUCAAAGGAAAGCUAAAGGACACGCAGUUCCCAUACAUUGGUUCGUCAGUGCUGCGAGACAGGCCUCAAGAAAUUAUCCUGUUUAUGGUUGGUGGAGCAACUUACGAAGAGGCUUAUGCCGUAUAUAACUUAAACAAGACAUUGCCUGGGGUGAAAAUUGUUCUUGGUGGAACCACAAUUCAUAACUGCAAAAGUUUCCUUGAAGAAGUAAGUCAUUCCACUGGCCAAGGCUCUGCUACUAGAGCCCGGGCUUCCUCUGGUGGAGCACAUUACAGAUCUUCAUUUUCCUCCUCGUUUUUCUGAAGUUGCCCGACAACGUAUGAAAUCUUGUUAAAGGGCGUUUAAAUUUGGUCUCUAAAAAUGUAACACAUAACUCACAACAGCUAUUCAGAAAAAUUAGCUUUAUUUCAAUGAGCCAACGAGAAAUCAAAGUAAAAACAAGCAAGCAGACUGAAGCGCGUGAAGAGGCAUCUGCCCGACUCGCGAUUGAUUUAGUUCAGAUCUUUUCUUGUUGAGAGAUUGUCGCGAGUGUUCCAAAUCUGACUUGGCACUAACACAAAGUAAGGCACUUUUUCUUUCAUGUUUCUUUCAGCUUCAAUUUCCGUACGUCUUGCCUCCCACAUUCUAUUUUUCCAGCUUUCUGAGUUCUUACUAAAAACGUAAAGAACAGUUCUUUAUAAACGUGCGACCUGUGUUUGAGUGUAUCUUCGUGGAGUGAUAACAAAGUAGUACUUUACUAAAACCUGAAACCCGAAAAGAGUAACUAAAAUUAAGGUAAACCUCAUUUUGUAUGUUAAACAGCUGGAUUCUGUAUUUCAAACAAGUUGCUUUUUAGUUAGAAGUCGAUUCGAAAAUAUGGUGCGUGACCACGAGAAGCAAAACAGAGACGUACUGCUGGGUGAAGUAAAUUUAAUACCAAAAGGAAGUGCAAUGAUGGCAGAUAAGCCGAUACUUCAGAAAAAAAUAUAACUUAGAAUUAUAUAUGAUUUUUUUUAAAAGCAGAAAAUAGGACAGUUUCAUUUUGAGAAGAUAGAUGAGAGGGGAAUAAUUCCGAGUUAUUUAAUCUAACAGCCUUCGGUAUCUUUUGUUCAAAUUUGAACUGCUACAUUUGACCAUGUAUAAGGUUUAGAGGUAUUUCAUUUACACCAAAGCUUCAGAGCAUCGUCUAUGAGGAGAUUUGAUACGUGAUUAAGAAAAGUUUAAUCAAAUUCAUAAAUAAAUAUCUCACUGACACCAUGAAAUGAGGAUCCGUUUACGAAAGUGACAGCAAACUUCCAGUAAUUUUUUUUCCGAACGUGAGGAGAUAUCAAUGGUAGUCAUGUCACUCCUCAAUUUCAUUCACAUCCCCUUCGACGAAAUACAGUUGCUUUCUCUAUCGGAGGGGCUGAAAAAAAAAAACCUGGCCAUUUCUCAGUCUUACUCAAUUCCAUUGUGCCCUUGGCUACUUCAAAUAGACCAAAUAAAGCAUAUACAGUCAGACGAUUUGCGUUAAAACGGAAAAAAGCAAACUACCUUCCUGACUAGCGGCCAUUUUUAAUUAGAGUGACCAAUCGGUAAAGAGAUAAACAGAAUGAAAACAUCCUUUACAAGGACCCCAAUUAUCUUUUCCGAUUGCAUUUCGAAAAUUGUUAUUUUUAUAUGAAAACUCUCUAACAAUCCUGAUUUUUUUGUUUCUGAUAUUACUGUUGUUUUCUUUAAAAUAAUAAAGUAGUAGAUGUUUUUAUUAGAUUAGAAGGGAAGAAAGAAUCGUGAUAGCCCUAAGCGCCAUAAACACGCGUGUAGGGAAAAGUCACGUCAGAAUGUAUGAAUUAGGAACUUAAGUAAACCAAUAGCUACACCCCCACUUGCGUGCGUGUUAAAAAAAUUAAAUUUCUUAGCCGUCUUCUGCAAAACAAACGACAACAAGAAAUUACCCCAAAGGCAAGUUAUUUAGGUUUCCAUUCGAAACUCAAGGCAGCUAACAUAAGUUACGCUGAAUUUGAGGUGUGGUGUGGUAAGAGACGAUACACCCAUCCAACCUUAUGAAACUAUAUAAAAUAGAAAUUCGUUUUUCAAUCGGGGUUUUUCUUCUUAACUGCUCAACGUCCUAGUCAUCAAAAACAAUCCCAUAAACUCAAUUAGUCAUCAGAUGUGCUUCCUCUCAUAACUAUACCCUUUAGUUUUAAAAUGCAGCGAUUUGCAAUCCCUAAUUCCUCUCUCAACCAAUUCGACGAAACGAAACAAUUUCUGGCUUCCGCAGUAUUUCUUAAUUUCAUAUAGCUGCAUUAAAGCUAAAAGUAAAACAAGCCUUUGGGUUGUGAGAAAGAAACAAAAGAAGACUCGCUUUCCAGCUGAAAACUUACGAAUUUGAAGCAUAAAGUGCAAAACGUUUGAAAAGGGAAAAAAAAAUUACAUUCUAAUGGUGACAUACAGCGAAAAGCUGCUUUUAAGAAUCUGGGCAGUGCACUAUGACUGUGCACACGAAACUGUGAGCUUCUAGCUCGAAACAUUCGUCGCUUCGCUUUGAUUCCGCGAGUCAAGUUACAACCUAGCGUUUAGGUAGUAUUAAAUGUUUAAUUUAUACAAUCAGUUCUUAAAUAAACAGCUCCCGCACA